UUUCAUGAGAUCCGUGCACGCGCCUCUGUCCCCCUCCCUCAUCAGCAUCAGCAUCAUCAGAUGCGCGCAGAUCUCUCCAAACAGCGCACUGGUUCAUCAGCAGGUGUGUGACUGAAACACAAGAUAAUCGAUAACAGUACAUCGCCACCUAUGUGCGUUCUUUAUAUCUGACUCUCAUUUCUUUGGAUCAGCGACUGGACCGUUUUAAUGGUUUGAUUCCCAGCGGGCGUCAGCAGUCAGUGUAGCCGAAAACGAGAGAGAAUAAAGCGAGAUCAUAUUUAAUAUCCGCUUCUCCAGCGUCUGUGGAUGGGCUGCGGACAUCUGCAUCUGCAGUCUCUGUUUUUGAGUCACUAAGAAGAUGGCGGACAGGGCUGAGAUGUUUUCUCUCUCCACCUUCCACUCCCUCUCUCCUCCGGGAUGCAGGCCGGCUCAUGACAUCAGUCUGGAGGAGUUUGAUGAUGAAGAUUUGUCUGAAAUCACAGAUGAUUGUGGCAUAGGCCUCAACUACGACUCUGACCCUUACGAAAAGGACUGCUUAAUUCUAGAAAAGAAUGAUUUCCACCACCCAGUGUGCUCAUUCCAAGAUGACUUCCAAGAGUUUGAGAUGAUCGAUGAUGAAGAUGAUGAGGAAGAAGAAGAGGAUGCAGAUCCUGAUGCCCCUCCCUCACCAUCAGCAUCUCCUCCCCCCUCCCCUACUCUGGGCACCCUGAAGAGCCGCCCAACCACUCUGAACCUGACUGCACCAGUUUCCCAGGACUCCCUGAACAACAACAGCAAUGUGUCACCACGAAAGUCAAGCUGGCAGGAUUCUCUUCGAAACCCGACUUCACAGGGUUGCUUGUCUCCAAACCACUCUUGCCUUGAGGAUGGUUCCCAUGUAACUACCACAUGCCCAGGGGCUCCAGACACCACCGGCUCUGGCAAUGGUACACCCUCAAACCAACCAGGACAUUGUGGACUUCAUCAGUCACCUGGAAGGCCUCUGCUGUACGACUUUGAGGGCAACAGAAGAGAACGACCUGAAUAUGGCUCCUUUGGUCAACAUAACUCGUCAAGCGGGUCUGAGGCAACUGAGGUGAAACCUGAUGUUGAGGAAUCCACUCUAAGUGAGCUUGUUCCCUCAGUGGAUGACUGCACUUCUCAGUGCUCCGAUACCGAGGUCGACCACGACCUGAAUGGUCAUACCAAACGUCGACCUUGCCACUCUCGACCCAAUGACACUUAUACCGUGACUACGGAGACUGCUGAUGACCCAGAGCUGGAAAACGAUGGCACCAGUAGGUGUCUGUCCUCAACCGCACCUCUUGGUAACGAUGCUGAGACUCCGCUUUCAGAUGAGGAGCUGGACAAAGAGUUUGACAUUGACUUCAUAAGUAAGGAUACCUAUGAUCAAACCUGCAAGGAAGAUGAGGCGUCUUCUUACAUUGAGUUCCCCUGCAUUGAACCAGCUGAGUCCAUUUCUGUCUCCAGCUACGUGUCGUCCAGUCGAUCAGACGUCCUUGACGCUAUGGACGAACCUCGAAGCAUGCGUCAGGGUCAACCUGCUGCAAAUGACACAACUUCUCCUUCAUCUGAUCCUGGUAUCGCCGAUAUGAAUGCCAAACGUUAUGCAGAGUCAGACCGCCACAGCGAUGACCUUAGCUCUCCUGGAUCAGACUCUGAUAUUGAAGGGGAACUUGAGGCUGCAUUUGCAUGUGGUCCACUUGCUAAUAACAUGAUUUCUUCCAUCUCAGAGACAGAGCUGGACCUUACCAGUGAAUCCAGCAGCGGGCGCUCUUCGCACCUCACCAAUUCCAUUGAAGAAGCUAGCUCCCCAACCUCAGACCAAGAACUGGACCAAGAGCUGGACCCUGAACAGGACAGCAGUGUUGUAGGUCUAAAAGCUUCUCUUCUUCUGGGCCAAUCUGAGCCAGUUAAACAAGAACCUUCACCAGGUCUAGACCCCAGCCCAGACAUGUUACAACUAGAUGAUGGCCAAGCUCUGAUGGGCCUGCAGAAUGUAGAUGACGAACAGGAUUAUGAGCACCAGGCCGAUCCAGAUGAGACUCUUCCCCCUGCCAUCCCCUGUGAGGAUAGCGGCUCUCAGCAGCUGUUGUUGAAGAUUGAGCCUGACCACAGUCUUGAGAGCUUUAAACGCUCCUUCUAUUUGCCGGUUAGCCCCAAACUCAUGCCCUCUGUGGACGACUAUGAUGGUAACAGUGAGGGAGAGUCUGAGUCAGAGUCCGAGGACGAGCUCAGUGAAAACUCUGAUUCUCCUUGGCUUCUCAGCAACCUGGUCAACAGGAUGAUCUCAGAAGGCUCCUACCCAAUCAGCUGCCCAGAAGAGUGCCUCAAACGCUCAGCCUCCAUCUCUGACACCAUCUCACCCUCAUCGGACCUGGAAACAGAUACUUUCACUGAGAUGGAUGGCUGCAAUUCACAAAAGCAGAAAUCGGAAGAAAAGUCACAGGAGGUGACUUCUGAAAAGUCAGAGAAGAGAUUGGUUGAAGAGAAGGAAAGAGAAGCUAGCUAUGUAUCUGACGAGGGACAGAAGGAAAGCAAGAGAACGGACACUUGUCUGUACAUGAGCAACCCCACAUAUGCCAAUGCUACACCGGUCUUUACAGAGAGAUUUGAUACGAGGACAAAGGAUUAUGAAACGGAGGACUUCUCAUCCCAGAACUCAUUAAAAAACAAGCAGAAAGAAGAAGAGGAGGAGCCAAAUAAUGACUUGGUGAUGGAGAGAAUGAAGGAGCUGGAAUCUCCCAGCUUGAGCGAGAGCAUAAUCAGCGACAAAGACGAGGGACGGGAGACACGGGUCGAUCAGAUCAGUUUGCAGCGAAUCACAGAAGUCAAAAACAGCCUUACGCUGGACCUCCCAACAGCACAGACCAAUCACUGUUUCAGUCUUACGUACUCAACAGAUAACGAUGAAGAUGAGCAAGAUACCUCCCCUUUCCUGGAGGAUCUUCACAAGGUACCUUCACCCUACGGAAACGAGACUUACCUGGACAGCUCCCCACCUAUUGACGAAAGUGUGCGAGAGUUGAGGAACUCAACCUCCAACCGGCCCAUCGAUGACUCCUUGGCAUACGAUUCAAUGAAGUACACCCUAGUGGUGGAUGAAAACACAACGCUUGAGCUGGUGAGCCUGAAGCGCUGUACCUCUGUUCUUAGCGAGGACAGUGAUGGACUCUCUACUAUUUGUGAUGAGGAAGUUGUCGAUGAAGAUGAAGAUAUUUACGGCCAGGGCCAGACGGAAAGUGGCAUGAGACCUGAUUUGCUAUUAAGCUCCUCUGAAGAAGACUCCUCCCCCGAGGCGGAUUUACCUUUCUCAAAGAAGUUCCUCAAUGUGUUUGUCAACAGCGCGUCACGGUCCUCCAGCACAGAAUCCUUUGGGCUUUUCUCAUGCACUAUAAAUGGAGAAGAAAGAGAUCAGACUCACAGAGCGGUCUUCAGGUUCAUCCCAAGACAUGCAGAUGAGCUGGAGUUAGACGUUGAUGAUCCAUUAUUCAUUGAGGAAGAGGAGGAUGAUUACUGGUACCGUGGGUAUAACAUGCGCACAGGGGCCAGAGGGAUUUUCCCAGCAUACUACGCCCACGAGGUUGUUGGCCAAACAAAAGAUCUGAUGGCAAUGAAGAGGAACCCUGCUUGGAUGGAAAGCUUCCGAGUGCAGUUCCUGGGUUCGGUGGAAGUUCCUUAUCACCAAGGCAAUGGCAUCCUGUGUGCUGCCAUGCAGAAGAUCGCUAUGGCAAGGAAGAGGACGGUGCAUCUUCAUCCCCCAUCUAUUUGUGAGCUGGAAAUAAGCCUGCAGGGUGUGAAACUAGUCAUGAGUUUGGAUGAUGAAUAUGACUUUUCAGGGGAGUUUGACAGAUGUAGUCACUUCUUCCAAAUGAAAAACAUCUCCUUUUGUGGAUGUCAUCCUAAAAACAACUGUUAUUUUGGUUUCAUCACCAAGCACCCGAUGCUGAACAGGUUUGCAUGUCACGUCUUCGUCUCUCAGGACUCCAUGAGACAUGUAGCUGAGUGUGUGGGACGGGCGUUCCAGGAGUACUACCAAGAGCACUUAGAAUACGCCUGUCCUACCGAAGAUAUCUACCUUGAGUAAAAGAGGAAAAGGGUAACCAUGGUAACUGCUGUCCCUCACGACAGAUGUCUGUUCCUGGGCUUGGCCACUACGGGGCGCCUGGCAGCCUUCUCAAAUGUAACAUAGGCCUCAUCUCUUUAUUCUCUUCCUCAGUUUCUCUUGUUCUCUCGACAUGAACUGAGCUGAAUACUCUACAUAGGCUCUUAGUGGUCUGUCUGUUUAUUUCAGUGUUCAUCAGUUCAUUUAUUCUCUUCAUUGAGAUGGAUUGCUUGUUUAACUUUUCUACUAUAUAAUUAAGGACAUGGUUUUGGGGUGGAUACAUCACUUCGAUUCCUUUUUUUUAAUAUAGUCCUGGUGUAGAAAAGGCAAAAUAUGACUUCACAUGUUUGAUUGCAUGGCUUUGAGGGUUAUGCUCACAAACACACACAUACACACACACAAUGUCUAAAAGCGAAAGGUGGUUUGAAUCUGAAGACCAGGAUUGUUUGUAAAUAUGUAUUUGUCUGAUUCUGAUACAUUGCUGUACUGGGUUUGUACUUAAAAGGCCAAGGCAGUAGGACGUGACCUGGAGUCGUUGAUAGGUCUACAGAUUGUCUGUUCCGAUGUAGUAGAAGGUUUCUGAUUUUACCGUGAUGUAAAUACUGUACAAAUAGGGAUGACUGUAGGUGAAAACAGAUGCUUCAUUACAUCAUGGUAUGCAAGUAUCCUGCGCCAUCUGUCUGAGAAUGAGAAAGUGGGACGGAUUGCAGGUCGGCAGGCUGGGUGUACAGUAGAUGAAUCUAAAGAUGGUUUGGUGAAUCUCAUCAAGUCAUAUCUGGAAAAUAUUUGGCCCCAAAAUCACAAAGAUGUUGUGCAAAGAUGAUGACUUUUUGCAACUGUUACAUUAUUUUCAUCUAAAUUUUUAACAUCCACAGUUACUGUAAUGCAUCCAGAUAUUUCAAUAAUUAAUAAUUAUUAAUUAUUUGCAAUGCCAUUGUGACAUUACCAUCACAGUUAAACACCCACAAUUACAGUAAUGCAUCCAGAAGUUUUAGUUUUGGGUUUAUGUAUAGUGUUAGUUGAUUUUCAUUAUUGAUUCUCAGUUCUCAGAAUUAAUGAUUCUUAUACAGAAAUAAAAAUAUUCCUCUCAAUAUUUUUAUUUUAAAUCAGCAUGCAAUUAAGGCUUUGCUACAAAUAUUACCAUUAAAUAUAAAUAAUUUACAAUGGGUAUAUCAUUAAUUAAUACCAAUAUUAUUAAUAUAAUAAUAAUGAUAUUUUUAUUAUAGUUGUUUUUAAUUUAAAAAAUAAUAAUACAAAAUUAUUUUUAUUUAUUUAUUUAGCUUUACAUUAUUGGAGGAUGAGGUGAUGAAAUGUGCUUAAGUGUCAUAAUUUACAGUGAUUAUGUCAUUAAUUAAUCUCAAUAUUUAUUAAUAUAAUUAUUAAUAAUAAUAAUAGUCAUAUUGUUGUUGUUAGUAUUUAUUUAUUUAUUUUUUAGCAUUACAGUAACAAAGGGUGAGGUGAGGGAAUGUGCUUACUUGUCAUGAAACAAUCAUAAUAUAGGAUUUAUUUUCUUCAUGCACAUUUUUUUUUUUUUUUUUUUUAAUUUUGGGGUAAAAUAUUACUGAGAUAUCGACUUUGUAGGAUUCAUCUGGUUGGCUAUGGUAUACCUCAGUCCUUUGGGCAUUCAGUCAAAUAAUAUUUCUCCAGCUCUCAAACCUUGUAUGAUUGUCAGGUUGGACUGAUGCUUUUAGCUUUAAAGCCUGAUAUACAGUAGCUCACCUCUCAUGCUUUGAACGUUUGCAGGUAGAAACUUCAGAGAGAUAUGAUGCUUAUAGAGAGCCAGUAAAAUGAAAGUCCCCGUUCGCUGGGAAACACACUGAAUGCAGGAAUGUUUUUCCGAUUGGACUGGAUAAUUUAAUCCAGUAAUCUGCAGGACAAAUAUUGCUUUGUAUUACACCGAUAAAGAAUAAAAUUCCCCAAUUCUGUCCUGUGAAGCAGAUGUAUGUAGGUACCAUGUGAUUAUAUAAUAAGCUCAGGACAUCGUUUUGUCUCUCUGAGUCAGUCACAGAUGCCGAUUGUCCUGACCUUGACCGGCACUGCUGAGACUGAACAGAGCAGAUUCCUCUGCUGGCUUCACACAAUAAUCAUCACGUACAAUAAUAUUUACCUCAUUCAGUCUGAUGAAUGGAGUCCAUGAUCCACGAUCAUGAUGCAAAGGCAUUCAGGUAAUAUAACAGGAAAAUGCGUGUAGUUUUAUUUAAAACUGGCUAAGAUGUGGACAUGGAUAGGUCAGAUUUAUGAAGAGAUGGCAUAUUUAAAUUUGUGCUCUUAUAUUGCACAUUUUGGCAAAACAUCUGACUUUUUUGUGCCCACUGCACUGCGGUAUACUAGUAUGCAUAGUAUGGUAAUAAUGCUAUUUUGAACGCAGCCCAGUGUUCCCUGCACACGUGACUUUAUCCUCCAGCAGCCUGCAAUCUGUUUCCAUGGUUACCCGUUCAUUUAUGAUGGUGACACUCUCACGGAAGGAAUUUUAUGUUUUAAAUGUGUCUUGUUUUCAGUUAGAUUGCUGUAAAUAUUCUAGAGUCAGGAUCGCCAUGCUGUGUCCUUUCUGUCGAGUAUGUUAUUGAGAUAAAUAUGUACAUUUAAAAGAAAUAAUAAUGUUGAUGAUAACAAUCUCACAACCAAAAGCCAACUGUGAUGGGGUGAAAAUAUAUAAAUAGCUUUGAAUUAGUAUUUGUAUCUUUCCUUUAUCUGCUUAUCAUUGGUAUACAUCUGCUGUUGGAUGUGUGGUCAGUCACCAUGUGCGGACAUUCUAACUAUCAGACCUUCAUUCACAAACAGACACACAUCGAAAGCCCAAAAACUCACUCGUCAAUCAGCAAUCAUUUAUAUCAAUCAGACCUCUAAAUCCUUAGUUAUGACUGUUACAUGACAUUUUUUCUGUGUUCAUAAGGUAAAUGAAUAUCUUGAAUAUUUAAGCCAUCAAUUUAGCAAUUUGUAGUGACAAAUUGGCUGUGAAACCCCUAACACUUUCAGGCAGAGCAUCUAAUACUUCUUGAUCACUUAAGCUUGGGUAGCUGAAAUACAAAGUUCUGGGCUUAACAUACAUAAUUCAGUCCUUCACUGUAUAACAGAAACCGCUUCAGUAUGACAAAACUAUGUAUCUUGUAUGUUUAAAAAUGACAACUUGUAAAGAAAAAACAAAACAAAAAAAAUCUCACUGCCUUGUCAUGGAUUUGGUCUUCUGAAUAAAAUAAUAUAUGCUUGAUGUCUCCAAA